AGUGGACUGUCUUGACUACAACUGAAAAGCUUUAUUCAAAUCUUUAACCUUGGCUAGUACGUGCUACUAUUUGAUAGUGCAUUUCCAAUGACAGUGUUGGGGUUGCUUUUGAAUUAAGCAGCACACACACGCGAUCACAUUAGAUUCAUAACCUUCCCCUGGCUUCAUUUCCUGACUUGAUUAUGCUCGGCUGUGUAGAACUAAUUAGCUGCUAGAGUGCAGUGUCAUUAACUCUUGUCAGUGCUAGAUCAUAAACUUCUAUUUCUAUCUGAUCGUGUGUCCCCGAGAUCAAUGCCAUCUACUACUAGCCCAGAUCAACAAGAGUUCAUGCCAUCAUUCAACUAAGGAAUGACCUUAUCAAGGUAUUCCGUCAAUAUGGAGCUCUAUUGGCCGCCUCAAGACAGAGCUUCGGUUGAUGGGAAGUCGCCUUCAGAACGCCAGUGAAGAUACUGCCACCAGCGGACGGCACCAACCGUACACUUUCAGCUUAGCCUCCCUUGUUGAUGGUGGGAACAUGCCGGGUGUAGCCUUGCCUCAUGAGCAGAACUCGUCAGUCUCCAAACCUACGGGUCUAGUGAGUCCAGUACAUUCAGUUAGCCGACGUAAAGUCAUCAGGUCUACAGACGAAAAAAGCCUAGAGAAUGGCACCGAACAGACAUCGAGGCGGCCCGAACCUCACCUUGAGGCCAGGGCGACGACCCGCAGUCGUGAGGACGUGAGAAGCACUGCAGGCAAUGUUCUCCGAGAGGAUAGCCCUCGACGUGUUGACUUCACCAGAACUCUUCAGUUAAGAGAGGUGAACUGGGACGGUACAUAUCAAGACAGUUUGGCUUACCCGCCAGACAUCCACGGGACAUCAGACAGCACUUCAACCAACAGCAAGGACUUGCGUGAGACGGACAUUCAUUUCCUCAACUUUUCUCGCGUCCCUGGAUCAACGGUAGACGGCGCCGCGCCGCCGGCUUCAGUCGGAUCACACACUUCCCUGUCCUCCUCACCGUACGCGCCGCCACCCUCGGCGUCCAACUCGCUCACGAACUACAACCUGUUCGCCCUCUCUUCGCCCCCGAGCACCUCAUCCUCUUCGUUCACCUACACAUCCUCUUCGUCCACCCCGCCGUCCAGCCAGCACCGGCACGCCGCCCACACACAGCAGCACCCUGACGUUCGGUGGGUCUCGAACGAGAGGAAGCUCUCCAAAAGCGGUCAGUUCACCUCUGCGCGGGUGUUUGGGAAGGCGGCCGGCUCCAAGCACGCUGGCCCCAAGUUGGCCCUUGUGGACCUUCAGCUCGCUGGGUCGGCCAGGACGAGCAGCACCUCCUCCCAAAGCCCAGCGCCGUCCCUGACAGAGCUCAAGCGCAGAGAGCUGGUUCUGGUGCGGAGACAUGUAGAGGAAAAAUGGGCGACCUCUAACCAUAUCAUUGACGUGAAAGACUCCAGUAAACCGAGGCAGGAAGGCAAUGCCGCUCUAAGGACUCCAGUCAUGGAUGGGCACACGGCACCCGCAACACAAUUAACAGAUGCAGCACUAGCGGGCAGGCUGGAUCUCCCUAGGACUACUGCUGGACUAUCCCUUGCUGAUGGAGCUACUGGUGGCUUGGACAUGAACACCAGUAGCCCUAAACGUCCACUGCCAAUGAAAAUGCCAAUCACAGCAGAUCUCAAAGACGAUGAAAUUCUUCUGAAACUCAAAGAAAGACUCAAACAUCAACGCGCCCUGGCAUCAAUAUCUUCCACUACAACCAGUAAUGACACCAGUCUAGCCAAUAGUUCCGACAGCCCUGUGCCUCCCCCAGCCCUCCCACCCAGGCAUCCCAUCACCAAGGACACGACCCCUAGAGUCCCAGCAUCUCGCAAGGUCGCAGCCUCUCAUCCUUCACCCAGUUACAGAGGUUUUUCAGGACCAGAUCAACAAACCCCCAGCUCCAAGUCCAACACAAAAUGGAGUGGUGUCAAGAAAAAAACACAGAAUCUCAAGAAACCAGUUUUACAACCCAAAAAACAGGAGACAGAAAUUUCAAGUCAUGUCAGACAUCCAGCACCAACACCAGCAGAGAAACCAAAGAAAGCCUCCAGAGUUGUGGCUACCACUGAUAAAACAUCAAAACCAAGUAAAAAUAUAAUCACUACAUCAGCAUGGAGGACAGCUCAAGAGCUUGUCAAAGAGUUAGGCCUGGCCCCCAAAAGCAAAAGCAAGCCCGCAGCCCAGCAGACUCAGGACCCUAACAAGACAGUGACAUUACCUGACCAUGAAAGGCAGAAUCAGCUGCCGGAUGGGGCAGAGGCAGACAGUGACCCCACAGCUGCUGGCCAUUGUCACAGUGAUGGCAUUACAGACACCAGGCAUUUGUCUCAGGAAGCAAAAAGUGUUUUAAAUGACAUUCAAGCAGGUUUAACAGACUCUGGGACCAAACCUAAAAUAAUUGUGAAACCUGCUGUGAAAAGAAAAGCCCCAAAACCUUCAGAGCCAGACAAAAGUCAACAACCCUGUGAGAAAACCAGACACUACGAUCAAGAAUCUGUUCGCAAGUUUAUAGCAGAACAGAAAGCCAAAAGAAUGAAGAAACAAUUAGAGGAGAAAAUGGCCAGUAAGAAAGCCAAUGAGAAGAAGCACCAGCUAUUACAAGAAUUGGUGGAGCGUCAGAAGAAACAAGCUGUGAAGUCUGCAGCUCUUGGAAGACUGACUGGAGAUGGGGACAGGAAAAGAAAAAGAGAUGAGGACAUGAAAGAAAACCUUGGUGGACAUGGGGAUGACUCAACACUAACUGGUGAAUCUGCUGACGACUCAACACCACACAUCACACCUAGAGACUUAGAAGAUGAGACUGCCAAGCAGAAGAAGACAGUGGAGAAGAUUACACAAGGAGGCCUAUCAGGGCAUUACCAGGCCUCACAUGUGUUGACAGACAUAUCAGCCAACUGUGAUACUCAGGAAAUGACCAGUGGCCCACAGGCCAUGGAUGUAGAUAGUAUACUGGACAGAUUCUCUCAGGUUGUCAGCCAACGAAGGAAACAGGAGACUUCAUCUUCCGGGUCACUGUCCAGUGGGUCAAGGCCUACAGAAUUUAAACUUCAAGGUGUAUUCUCUGGCAAGCAUUAUGGUGAUGAAACGGCGUUUGCUAUUGGUACGUCCAACUCUAUAGCUAGGACGAAUGAGAAGAGAAAAGAAGCCAUCAAGGCCACGGCACUGACUCUGCAAAGUAAAUUGGCAGAGGAAAGGAAACGAUUGGAAGAUGUUCAUAUCCUGGAUACAAGUCAUCAGUUCAACUCUGGCACAGACUAUGUUUCUAGAUACAGUCGACUUACAGGAGCAAACAAUGAUUACAAUAUAUUUACCUCAAACCUGCCAGGUUCUCAACACUACACUAAUAGCCAGAGGGAUGGUACACUUGAACAUGAAGCUUUGGCUGCUACAAGAAUACAAGCUGCCUACAGGGGUCACAAUGUCAGACAGGCUCUCAAUUGGCAACUGCCCAGUGGUCAAACAUUUGGUCAGCGACUUAAAGGAAACACUCAGGUCAAAGUUCACUCUGGUCACCAGCCUAAUGACGAUGUUUCCGACUUAACAGAGACAUCCACGUUUAGUGAGAUUACUAGGUCAGAGCCACUAGGUAGUCUUGACCUGGAUGGAAACAGGAGGUCUGUGUCUGCUGUGCAGAACAAAAAGGAAAGUUCCAGCAGAAACAAGCCUACACCUGCUACCUACAAACCUCCAUCACAGUAUGCAUGGGUGGAAAGUAAACCAGAUCCAUACAGUGUCAUGAGUGUCUUCUCCAGGCAGAACAGAUAUUUGGCAGCAGGGUCCAGACAGGCGGACAUGCCUUACCAAAGCACAGCUAUUACCGUGACAACUACAACCACCACCUUGGCCACCAAUACUGUCUUAGCUGCAGAGAAUGUCUCUCACAAGCAACCUACAAUUAUGUCAGUGGAACAUGUGACCAUUGGUCAAACUGGAAGUGGUCAACCAGUAGUAGCUAAAAGUAGAUACACUCGUGUGGAGGCCACAGUCUCAGAACCAGAAAACAGUGAUGUCUCUACAUCCCACUCAGAAUCAGCUUCUCCAGUCAGAUCAUCAAGACCUGUAGCAUCUGUCAGAUCAAAUGAUAUUGGGUCCAAGUCAGAGCCAGCGUACACCAUGACAUAUGAGAGCUGUAGAAGCAGAGACUAUUCAACAGAUUCAUCCUCUUCUCUUUCUUCAAAUGAUGAUGAAGACCAGUUAACACCAGUCAAGAAAUCUGUUGGCUAUAAGUGGCAAAUGUCUGAUGCUGGUGUGGAGACUGAUGUGUCACAGAUGAGUGAAGAUGAACCCCGGAAUGUCAGGUCAAAACUGGAAUCUGUUGCCAAUCGAGCUGAAUCUCAAGAUCGGCCUCCAGCAUUUGCUUCUCGUGGGCCAGGAGAUGGAAGACUGUCUCCGAAUUCUUUGGCCAAUAAAUUCUCCGCCAGCUUGACCUACAUGGAGUCUAUGGAAGAAUCAUUGCGGCAAGUCGUAGGGAUGGAGAGAACAAGAGGCAUCUGUCUAGCCCAGCAGGAGACUGUCUCACUUGCCCAAGUUUUGAAGGCCAGACAGCAAGAACAUAGUGCUGAACUUAGAGCACUGCAACUCCAGGCUAGGAAGGAAGCUGUGGAGGCCACCCAACAGUUGGACACCAUGAAAACUAAAUCUAGCAGAUCCCCUGCAGCUGGUAGCUCUGUGUCUUCAUUGUUGGAGAAAGACGACAAUCUAAGACCAGAGUCAAGGUCCAAUAUCAUGUCAAGGUCAAGUGGUCGUGUCUCCUACAGUACAGAGGAUCUGUCAAAGUCACCAGACAAUAGACGAACUCAGCGGUCAUCUGGGGCAACAUCAGUCUCUAGCAAACAUAAACUGAUCUCUACUGGAUCAGCAACUUUAAGUAUUGAAACAGCAGAAGAUUCUCAAAACAGCUCCCAAAGUUCUGUUAAAACAGCUCAAGACAGCCAGGACUCCCAGAAUGCCAGUAUAUCUGAAGUGAUCACCAAGGCAGAUGACUCUUACUCCAUGUCAUUCGAUGAGACCUUGACAGAUGAAGAGUCAUUCCGUCAAGUUCUGCCCUCAGAAUCUCAUCGCAAAGAGGCUAGACGUCACAGUGGAGAGUUUAAGUCUCUUGUUUCUGCAGAUGCGUCCACCAGCCAUGCAUUGAAUGACUUAAGUUCCUUGUUCGCUGGAGAAGACAGUUUUUCAAAGUUCACUGCUGAAAUGGUUCGUCAGAUUAUGAAAGAAGAGGAGUAUAGAGCUCAGCACCAGGCUGCUUUGCUAAGUCUCAGACAGAAAGCGCUCCAAGAAAAGGCUAAGGCCGAACUGGCAUGGCUCCAGCAACUGAAGCAGAAGCCUCACAACAAAGGAGCUGAUGAUGUGUUCCCAAACAUUGACAAGAGAGAAAAAAAGAUCAAACAGAACCUAAAAGAACAACAGGCUGAGAUUCGCCGUCUCCAAGAAGCCAAUGAGUUGGCUAGCAAAGAGAGACAACUUAUCCUACAACAACAUGAAGAGAUAGCUAAAAUAAAGCAAACAACACAAGCUACAUUAAACAAGCUUCAAGUAAUUCCAGCCAAAGGUCGGCUAGCUCGUCCUGCCGAGGUCCACACUGAAGAUGAGACUGAAGUGACUACCACUGAGGAUAUUAAAGACUCCAAGUCUGACAGUGAAGUGUAUAAAGACAAAACUCCCAACAAACAAGGAAACAAACAGUCUUUAGAGAAACAGCAGAAGAUGAGGCUAGAUGUCAAGUACAUGACUGCCAGAGAACAGAGGCUCCACGAGCGUAAGAAACAAGCUAAAGAACUGCUGGAGUGGAAGAAAAGGUUGGAUGCAGAGGAACAGAAAGUUUACCAACUGGAGAAGAAAGCCAUUGAAGCCUGGGAGGCCAAGCAUGCUGGGAAGAAAGUUUCAGAAACUGCUGCCAAGAAAACUGCCAAAAUUCCAUCCCCUUCCAAAGUGGAUGACUCUAAUGUCAUUUCUGAUCACAUCCUGUCAUCUCUUCAUGAUGAGCUGGAUGGAACAGAGGCCAAGUCCAAGACUGUCCAGCAAUCCAUCUCUGAAGUGAUCUCCACUCAGCUAAGUACUGCAGAGUCUGUGAGGGAAAAAAGAAGUAGGUCGGAGUCCAAAGAAAUGGACAAGACCAACUCAUCUGUGGCUAGUGGAAGUGAGAGCUCCAUUCCUGAGGAUAUUCCACCUAGUUCAAGACAUGACAAACAUAAGGCUCAAGACUCUGGAGAUGAUACUGUCAUCAACACUACAAUCAAUGAAGAUUACCCUGACACUUUUGAGCGGGAGCUGCCUUCUUCCAUUUCCAGUCGCAGAAAAUCUCCAGUUGGCAAGCUUCUUCCACAUACUAAUUCCCCUUUACCAUCGCCAUGGUCUAGGAAACCUGGGUCAGAGAGUGAAUCAGAGGAUUCUAUAUCACAUACAGAAACUUUGUCAGACGCAAGUGACUAUGAAGCUCGCAUUCGUCAGUUGAGUGAUGAACUCCGUCGCAGAAGGAAAGAGGUAGAGAUGUUGAAAAAGGAAAGAUCUCGUAGACAGAAAGAAAAGUUUAAAGCACAAGAGGAAGCAAUGAAAAAACAACUAGAGGCUUACAAUAACUACAUCCAGCAGCUCAAGCAAGAGAAAGAUGAACUGGAACACGAAUCUCCAACCCUGAAAUCAGUGGUCAAACCUCAGAUCAAGCAACCCCAUGGACACCACCCCAAGACCAGGCCCCACCGGGAUGAGACUGCCAGCAACUCUUCCAGUUUUGAGGAGAUGAAAGACAGUCCUGAAUCUAAGCACAGUAGCCCGAGUGCAGAGGGAAAAGAUACUCUUCUUAGUUCAGGGGAAGACAAAUCAAAAAAGAAAGCUGUUGUGUCCCUUAUGGAUAAAAUAUCUGAAGGCACCGAAUCUGUUUCUGAUUUGUCUGGUGCAUCAGUGAAGUCCAAGGAGAAGGAUGUCUCUAGUUCUUCUAAUGUUGAAGAGAUUAUUGAGGAAGUUGACACCAACACAUCAGAGAAGACUGUUAGUGAUGUUUUCAAGAUACAAACCCAGGCUGAAGACAAUCAGGAGAAAGUGCCAGACAAAGUCGUUGCCUCUGUGAAAGAUGAUGAUGCUUCCUAUACACUAGACUUCUCUGACAUGCAAUCCAGCUUAGCCCAAAGUUACAGUAGAGUUCCACUUAGCGCAAGGAGUCAGGGCUCAUUGAAGCUUCCAACAGAUUCAGAAAUAUCUGAGCACAUUGAGGACCCUGCGUCUGCUAGAUCUGCAUCUGCUAGGUCUCAGCCUAAAUUGGAUUACAUGUCAGCCUCAAACAUUGAACAGGAGCAAGCUGUUGAUCAUUCUGUUAGCGUCACUUCUCCUGCCACUGGGAUCCAGGAGUCCGACAGUGAUGAGACCGAGUCCAGGCGCUCCUCACGAAAGUCUGAGAGUAGCUCCAGGCCAUCCAGUGAGCGUUCAACUGUCAGCAAUGUUUCUUACACAGACAUGGAGGAUGAUGUGGACGUGGUCAGCUCUGGAUCAGAGAAGACCCCAGUGAAAUCUUCCCAGCGCCUUCUCCCAGAUCUGCCAACUGCUUUAUCAGUCAGGACAGAAGAUGACAUCAGUGAGCACAUCACUGGCAGUCUGCCAUCAAUCUCUGACAGACAGAAGUUUGAUUCCAGGUCUUACAAACAAAGUCAAGAAGUUUUAGACAGUUUGUUAGGGUAUACAGAAGAGGAAGAGAAUGAACUAGAUGAAGAUAAAACACCAGUAGCUACACCAAGAGAGAUGGCACAGACUCCUGUGCCCGACGAAGAUGUCAAUGAGGCACUGCUUCAGACUGACCCACUUGUGGACUUCAGUCUAGGAGACCGAGUUCUUGUCCUCGGCAGUGGCUCUGGUAUUCUCCGCUUUAAAGGGAAAGUAGAUUUCUCUCCAGGUAUCUGGGCAGGUGUGGAGUUGGAUGCUAAAGCCAGCGGAUCAGAUGGUUUCCAUGAAGGCAAGAGAUAUUUCACAUGCCCUGCUGGUCAUGGUGUAUUAGUACAAGGCAGUGAGAUCAGUGCAGAGAGGGAGAUGCCAGUCUUGAAUCUGUCAGGGCCAAGUGAAGACGUGAAAAGUCCUGAUGACUCUGCACUGACUGACCAUGAGGACUUGCUAGAAGAUAAAACAGCUUUGACUGUCAAUGAUGAAUCUAUAAUUCACUCGACACCUCUCAGCUCACCCUACGCAAAAGCCAGCAGCCCACCAGUCAGACACGACCUAACACAAUUGGCAGAGUCUAUCACAGAUCAUUUGACAAAUAACAUGAUCAAAGAUUCUGUCAUGCUGAUGGAGAAAAUCACUCAGAAGAAAGCUUCACAGGAAGUAAGCCUUGCACAUCAACAGCCAACUCAGCUUGAGAAAGUAGCUGCUCCUAAAGUUACAGAGCCAAAGUCUGUAGCAGAUCAGACCACAGAUAGUGUCAUGAAGUCACUGCUAGAGGAAGCCAUUGCAGAUAUGGUGAAAAUUAAGAAGAGGAAAUUAACCAGUCAACACCAGGACUCCAAUUCUAGCAACCAUCUUUCAAAUGGACACAUUGAUGACAAGGAAUUGUUUUUGGAAGACAAACUCCAGGACAAUGACUCUGGUCUAUCACUAGAAGCAAUCCAUCGUCCAAGUUCACCUUUACCAGGAGAUCACUACCAAUCAUUGAAUCAUAAAAUGACUGAAGAACUUGGUGGCCUACUUGGGGAAUAUAUUGAUGAUGACCUUGGAUUUGAGCCCUCCAGUAAACCGCCCCCACCUUACCCUGGAAGUGAGCAGACACAAGGUGUUAAUGGAGUCCCACCAGCUCCUCGGCCUGUAGAGGUGGCACCAGUGGUACCAUUAACCAGAGAGGCCAUAACUCCUAUCAUAUCAAGGGCAGUGGAUAUCUACUGGAACAACCGAAGGUAUGGGGAGUCACUGGACGGUGUGGAGCCCCCCCAUGACUUUCUGUCUGAAGACGAGGAGACCCAGACCACUGCUGCUGUCACUGAGAGCAGGAAGAGUUGGAAAAAGUUUUUGUUUGACCUGACAGGGGAGAUCAUUCGAGACAUUUAUCAGAAUGAAGACAAGCCUGAGCCUCCAGUGUGGCAGAAAAUACCACACCAAACUCCCAGAUUUUUUAAAGGGAACAUCACACCAACCACUGUGGAUGCUCUGAAGCCAAUUGUUGAAGCUUCUGUCCUCAAACUGUUAGAUCUGAAUGGAACGCGCAAGGCCCUCCAGGUUAACAAAUGGAACAUCAGGAAGAAAAAGGACCUGGUGGAUGCUGUGCUGAGUCAGGAGUUAGCUGAGGAUGAGAGAGGCUGGGUGGACUACUCUUCAGAUGAACUCAGUCUCAAGAUAACUCUCACUGACUCUCUGUUUGACUCUUUACUCUCAGAUACUGUUCAGACUGUCAAUGGCAUUUACCAGAGGCGGCAGCAUUCACCAUCUUGCUAGGAUUGUUUGUGUAGGUGCACAACAUUCACCAUCUUUCCAGGAUUGGUUUUGUGGGUGCACAACAUUCACCAUCUUGCUAGGAUUGUUUGUGUGGGAGCACAACAUUCACCAUCUUGCUAGGAUUGUUUGUGUGGGAGCACAACAUUCACCAUCUUGUUAGGAUAGUUUGUGUGGGUGAUUAUAUCUAUUCACAAGAACAGCGGACAAAUCUUUGUCCUAUUGGAUAUAUAGCAAGUGAGGAUUCAUUCCAAAACUGAACAUCUCUUUGACACAACUUGAACUGUUGUGCCAGUAAAGGUACCAAAGUUGUGAGCCACGGAAUUAGUCCCUUGAUUGAAAGUUUCAAUAUGAUGCCAUUGAGAGAUAGCGCUUUGACUGACAAUGCAACAUGUUGGAUGUGUCAACCCUAAUCAUGCUUCAGAUGCUGUAUGUCAGUUGGCAUACACAUAUGAGUUUCUCAUCUGGAUUGCAUGUAUACUGAGUUUCACUCCUGGAUUAUACAAAUACUGCUUGUUUAGAGUAGUUCAUAGGUCUAUCAUGGUCUUACUCAUAAUUGGAUCUACUAACAGCUACUCACUAAUGGAUCUACUACAAACAAAACACUUGAGAUCAGAUUAGUGUCUGGUGGUAGCGUUGACCGUGUGUUUGUGUUGUAAGAUUCUACUCACAGAUACCAAUAAACUCUGCAUCCAUCCAAAAUGUAGUUUUUCAGGUGAAUUCCAAAAAGUUUUUUGUUCUUCCAAAUGUUUUGGUUUGUUUAGAAAAGUUGAUGUUGAAAUGUUUGAGUUUCAAACAAAUUUGGAUUUCAAAAGAACAUUGACUGUUGUGUUAUUUAGUGUGCUUCUGUGAUAGUGCCAAGGAGACAAAAUGGCCAGGGUUGAAAUACUGUCUCAUUUAUUUAUCUCUAUAUUUGUAUGGAUUUAUUUUUUCAGACAUGUCGACUAGGAAUUGUGUCACUGAUAUUAUCUCCAUGUCUGUCAGUGUGCUCUAUAAUAGAAUACACUACAAUAGAAUGCUCCAUUGUUUGCGUUGAUGACCUUAUGUUAUUUUAUCUCUUGCUGUAUAUAUCUUUAUAUUUGUAUGUGGCAUGGGUCACAAGACUGUGUCUCAUGUGUCAAUGACAGUGCCUUAUAUUUGUUGGGCUGUACAAGUAGUGGCUAAGUAUGUCUAGACUUUUAUAACUGGUAGAAAUACAAUACUUUGUGCAACUGCCAUCUUGUUUUUACUGCAGCAAUUUUUUUUUUUUUACUUAUUUGUAGAUAUUUUUUUAUAAUCAAACUUUGCAAGAAAUAUUUUAUUGAUGAGGAAAACAAAAAAAGACCCAGAAAUGAAUGAAAUGCCAAUGGAGUAAAUAGAUUCUCUAGAAGUCUUGAAUCUGUUGCAGCUAUUUGUUUUGUGUUGACCAGAAUGACAUUCCUAGUUCAACUUUGGUCCUACAUUAUCAGUUGAUAGCCUUUUACUCUCUGUAAUCUCUCUGAAUAUGUGUAUAUCAGGAUAUUGUAGCUAUUUGUUAUCUAAGAUCUAUAUAUUUAUUGGAAUGAGCUUUUUCAAACUUCAUAUUCUUAUUUGACAGAUUUUUAACUUGUGUAUACUUGUUUCUAGAGUCAAAUCCAUCAUAUACAUUUUUUGUAUAGUAGUAUGUAUAGUAUUAUUUUCUUUGGAAAUGAUCUUAUGUAAAACCUGCAAUACAUUUGCCUCGCCUAAUAAAAAUAAUAGUUGAGUUUUUAAAUCUGGCAAGUUCUUUGCGACAGUGUAAGUUGUUCAGUAAAAUAUUUCAGGCUUAACUUACUGCUUUCACUACCAUUAUUUCAACUAGAUUCUAAAUUCUAGAUUGGGAUCUGAUGUUAGUUGAAAUUAUAAAAUGUAGUUUGUAGCUGAACUCAGUCAAGAGACUGGUGUAUAAAUGUGUAUAUAUAUACAUAUAAAUUUUUUUUUUCAGUGAAAACUUGCAUUCCCUCAAACAUUGACUCCGUCCAUAUCCCAUCAGCCAACUCUUAUGGUCUCAAAUGUGCUUAAUUAUUCUGUCAGUUACUGUAUGUCUUGCUCUAUACAUUAAACUUUUGUAGUUUAUAAACCAUAUUAGACCAUGUCAAAGUGGCAAUUAUUUUUUUUUUACAUUAUAGGUGACUCAACAGCUUUGAUUUUAAGCCUUUAAACUAAAAUAUAGAUACAUCGAAUCACAUUACCAGUUUGAAAUAUUUCAGAAAAAGGCCUAGUGCCAAUAGUAAUUUCUGUAUGAUUUGUGGUCUACUCAUGGAACAUAAACUGUCUUCCAGAAGUGAGGUCACUUGAUGUGUUGUAUCUUUGUAGACUAGUACCUUGACUUAUUAUUGUAGACAUGUAAUAAAUGGACUUGGCUAAAAUUCUGUGUUUUCACUAUGUUCAUGUCUUUGUGAUACUCUGAUUGUUGAGUAUCAUGCUUUGUAUUUAUCUACAAAUGUCACACACCACAAUUUAACAAGAAAUCAGUGGUUCAUAAACAAAUUUAUUUAAUUUUAGGAAUAUAUUUCCAAUAGAAACAAAACUGAUGUAAUAACUCUGAAUAACUCAAACAAAACAUUUUAAACAUGAAAAUAAUAAGUCCCAAAUAUGUUCAGAUCAAAACUCCAGAGUGUCUAAUUGUUUCACAAAACAACAAAACGCCUCAUAUUUUUUAUAUUAAUGCUGGUAAAGAGUGCAGUGUUGAGGGAGGACAUAGGGUUGAGGUUUCAAUUAAAAGUCAGUAGUAAAAGCUGGUUCCUUGGAGAUGAAACAGCAAACUCAACUCUAAAUGUCAGCUAGUCAUCACAAAAAAAAUCUCUAAUGUAAAUUUUAUUUUGAACUUUUUGAACAUGGCCAACUCUAGAACAAUCUUACAUUCAGAUAUUUAGCAUUCAAGAAAUAUAGUUGAAUAAAAGGUUUAGUAAUGUGCAUCAAACGUAGACUGCCUCCCAUACCUUUAAAAAAAAAAAAAAUACAACAGUAUACAUAAUACCCAGCAUAGCCAAGAGUGGAAGACUUGGUGUCUGGUUUGUUUUGAAGUGUUUCAGUUGGAAUAAAACAUGAGUUUAAUCAUAACUGAACACCUUAGGAGGAAACAUGUGUUGUAAUCAUUACAAAUGGAGUUUAAACCAUGCUCUCUUAGCAGCCCUGACACUACAGAAAUCUAAGAUACAGGCAUAGUUAAUAAACAAAAAAUGAAUCUAUCUAUUACAUAGUGUAGUUGUGUUCCACAUAUCUAGCUUCACAGUUGAUUACCAUUGCUUACCUGCCAAGUCAGAGAGAAAUAGUGAAAAUAUCAAAUAUUCUUUUGACAUCAUUUAAAUGUAAUCAGGUUUCAACCUAGUUAAUUAGAGCUAUUUGUUUUUAAAUUGACAUGGGAAUUCUCAACCAGCUCAAGAAAUAAAGAAAUAUUCUUAAAACUAAAUAUUUUGAUAUUUGAUUAUGUAGUGUUUGCAUACAAGUGGGUGUGUGUGUG